GGGCUUGGCGUCCCCUCCUCGCCCCGGGCCAGGCCCUGCCCCACCUUAUUCUUCCUGGUUGAGAUGGGCUCAGCCAAGAGCGCCCUAGUCACUCCGGCGCAGUCUCCGCCACACAAUAAGCUUCUGGCCCGAGUGGUGGACUCCCGUUCACCUAGUGCCGGCAUCCUGUGCACUCCCAUCCAGGUGGAGAGCUCUCCGCAGCCAAACCUACCAGCAGGGGAGCAGCUGGAGGGUCCCAAUCAGUCCCAAGACUCAGAUCCCCGCUCUCCUACCCUUGGCAUUGCACAGAUACCUAUGAAGACCAGCAGCGGAGAACCCCCAAGCCCACUGGUGAAACAGCUGAGUGAAGUAUUUGAGACUGAAGCCCCCAAAUUGAAUCUGCUCCCAGAGCCUGUUCUGCCCUUAGAGGCAACUUCAUCUUCUGAAUUGGACUUGCCUCUGGGCACCCAGUUUUCUCUUGAGGACCAGAUGCCACCCUGGAGCCAGACUGAGCUCCCCUCCAAGCAGGUGUUCUCCAAGGAGGAAGCAGGACAAACCUCAGAAACCCCCAUGGCCAGCCAGGGCUCGGACAAGCCCUUGAGAGACCCUGAGACUCCCCGAUCUUCAGGUUCUAAGCACAAUAGACAGGAAGCAAAUGGCAAGGUACUAGGGAGAUCUCCCCUCACAAUCCUACAGGAUGACAACUCCCCCGGAACUCUGACACCAUGACAGGGUAAGCGGCCUUCUCCCCUGAGUGGCAAUGCUAGGGAGCUAAAGGAAGGGGCCAUUCUGGGAACUGGACGACUUCUGAAAACUGGAGGCCGAGUGUGGGAGCAGGGCCAGGACCAGGACAAGGAAAAUCAGCACUUUCCAAACUUGGUGGAGAACUAGGCCAACUAUGGCCCCAGCACUGGCUUCACUGGGGGUCUAGUGAUGUUGCGUCCCCUCAACCCCAUCUUUCCCUGGGAGACUGGAAAGGCUUGUUGUCUUCAACUACCCCCCCCAAACUCCUAGCUUGGGGACUGAGCGCUUUCUUGGGCUCUCUUUGUGUCUCCUGUGUUUCUUGUACAUUAAAGAAAGGGG